AUGGCCAGCGUGGGUCAUUCCAAGGUGUUCAUACUCGAUAAAUACUUCACGGAGCUACAAAAGUUCUGGGAGACGGAGAUCAAGUUGCAAGACGCGUCCUGUUCGAACGAGGCUGUGCACUUACAACAACGGUUGCGAAGUCUAAGCACCGAGUUGGUCACACUCCGGAACAGCCUGAACCAGGGCCAAGGAGCGGCGGCGGCGCACGGUGGCCAGGGUUGUCCCCAGCCGGCGGCUGUCAAACAAUCUGCAGGAUCGAAUUACACCGGAAACAACAAUAACAACAGCAACAACAACAACAACAACAUACUGGCCACCGGUAAGUCCACACCUAGCAGCCCAUCGAAGUCAACGUUACCACCUCCAGUGUUGCCGAGGACUUCGUUGCCCACUUUACCCGUUACAGAUAAACUGUUCAAGGGCAAAGAAGAAUCGCAAAACGGCGGCCAAGCUGCCACCGCCGUAGCAAAGUGUCUAAAUGCUACGUCGUCGCCGAAUUCGGCGGCGGCGGUGGCAACGCAGCAAAAGACUGAAUUGAAUAACCACCGAACUCACCGCCGAUCGUUCCAUGGACCUCCGACGGCCUCCGGAAGCGGACCCGGCGGCAACGGGUCGACCCCUGGUGGAGGCGGUGACCUGAUCCAUCUUCCUGGGCCGUUGACCGAGGAUGCCGUGCUCAAGGCGCUGCAGAGUCGGUUCUGCGCCACUCAAAUGUUUGUGAGUACUAACAUUGUUUCUAUUUUUUUGUCAAAAAAGUCUCGACAGAAAUGA